CUAAGCGAAUGUACUAACCAAGAUCAUGCCAGAUUGAUUCUUGAAUUGUACUCGUUUAGAAUAUCAUAUGAUUUAUAAUGUUAAGUUAGUAAUUUCUUGGCUACAUGGAAAAUGCCUUUCUGAUAUAUAGGCUUUGAUGGGGUUGAAAUUCAUGGGGCGCAUGGCUACCUUAUUGAUCAGUUUAUGAAAGACCAAGUGAACGAUCGAACAGAUGAAUACGGUGGAUCGCUGGAGAACCGUUGCCGGUUCACUUUGGAAAUUGUUGAAGCUGUUGUUAAUGAGAUAGGAGCAGAUAAAGUUGGAAUUAGAUUAUCUCCAUUUGCGGACUAUAUGGAAUCAGCGGAUUCAGAUCCGAAAGCAUUAGGCCUUUAUAUGUCCAAAUCCUUGAACAAAUAUGGGAUCCUGUACUGCCAUGUGGUUGAGCCAAGAAUGAAGACAGCUGGAGACAAAAGUGAAACUCCGGACAGUCUUCUGCCCAUGAGAGAAGCUUUCAAAGGCACCUUCAUUGCGGCUGGUGGUUUUGACAGGGAAGAUGGGAACAAUGCUGUGGCUGAGGGUCGUGCAGAUCUUGUUGCUUAUGGCCGGUUGUUCUUGGCUAAUCCAGAUUUGCCAAAAAGAUUUGAGCUUAAUGCUCCUCUAAAUAAAUACAACAGAGAGACGUUCUACACAUCUGAUCCGGUUAUUGGCUACACUGAUUAUCCAUUUCUUGAAACCACAGCUUAAGUUUCCUGCAGCCUAUGGAAGCUUGAAUAUAUAUUCUAUAUAAUCUGGUUGAAUAUAUUGUUACUCUGUAUGUAUAAUUAAAUAGAAAAAAGGUCACUAAAAGUUUUCUUAAGGUUUGGUAUUUUACGUUUCUGUGUUGAGCCUCAACCAAGAAUCUCUAGUAAAGUGGCGAGUAGGCACUAGACCAACUGGUAGUAUUUUUUUUUUUUUAAAUCAAAGAUAAACUUCAAUAGUACAAUCAAAGACAUCAAAAGUACCAAUCUGCAGAGGGCAACAAACUAACACGUUAAAAACAAAACUAAAGCUGACAAAAGCCGCAUUAAAAGUACUUGCCACAUCACCACAAUUAAUCAUAAGCCCAAACAAAUCCCACAUAUGCCUAACAUAACCAAAACCCUAGAGCAACCUAUGAGCCUAAACGAACCCUACCACCACUACCACCUGAAGAAGCGCAAUCCCAGCCA